CGGGGGCAGUGGCCCUCGGCCCCGUGGCCCUUGCCACCUGCGCUCAGCAGCCUCAGGGAAAGGUCUUUGGCCAAGGACAGGAAUCUGCGGCCAUGGCCGAGGCCACAGAGCCAGACCAGGGCACCGCGGGUCCCCAGGAGCCCCCGGAGGGCCCAGCACUUCUGUUGGAGAGACCGGGGGAGCCAGGGGCCGUGGACCCGGAGGUGAAGGGGGAGGAAGCGAGCGAGGACCCCACAGGGACGCCGGGGGGCGAAGGGGCGGGCGCAGCCGCGACGGCCGCGGGGAAGGAGGGAGAAGACGCGGGGCCAGACGGAGGGCUCGGGGGCGAGCUGGAGCCCAGUGCCCGCAGUGAGUCUGGGGGUGAGACAUCGGGCUCCAGCGGAGCGCAGGGCGAGGAGGAGGCCCCGAAAGGAGACCCGGAGGGCGAGGGCACCCCCGGGGGAGGGGAGGAGACGAGCGGCGCGGAGCAGGUGCAGGAGGCGAGUCCCGGGAGCUACUCACAGAGUGGGGCCCUGGGAGAGGCUCGGGGGGAGCCCGGGGAACCCGCGGUCCCCGAGGCAGAGGAGAAGGCGGAGUGUGGGCCGGAGGGACCGGGAAGCAGCGCGCCCGGGGCCAGCGAGGACCCCGAGGGGCCGCCGGGGGCCUGCGUGGAGGCGGAGGGACCGGCAGGAGGGACGCCCGGGGCAGAAGAGGAGCCUCAGGACGCAGGGGACUGCAGCCCUCAGCCUCAGGCAGAGUUGACUGAGGCUGCCGUGGCGGAGAGUGGGGGCUGCAGCCGCCGGGAGCUGGCGGGGGAGCUUCAGGGUGCAGAGGUGGGAGCUGUGGAGGAGCCCGGGGCCUCGGGAAUAGAGGACUCAGAGGAAGCGGCCCCCGGGGACUCGAGGGCGGACGCCGGUGAGGACGGGGACCAGGAGGGCCCCCAGGAGGAGGUGGAAGGUCCCGAGGAGGAGAAGCGAGAGCCCAGCCCAGAGGGGACAGGCGAGGAGGGGCCCACCGACAGUAGCUCGGCCGCGCAGACCGGGGAGACCAGGGAGACCGAGGAGACCGGGGAGACCAGGGAGACCGAGGAGACCGGGGAGACCGGGGCCACAGAGCUGUGCAACCACCUGGCGGAGGAGGGCAGCGCCGGGGGCGCGGAGGAGACGGCGAGCGUGAACGGCGGCGGGGAGGACGGCGAGGCAUCCGAGGAGGGGGUCCCCAGCCAGGACCACGACAUCACGCUCUUCGUGAAGGCUGGCUGCGACGGGGAGAGUAUCGGAAACUGCCCAUUUUCUCAGCGCCUCUUCAUGAUUCUCUGGCUGAAGGGCGUUAUAUUUAAUGUGACAACUGUGGACCUGAAAAGGAAACCUGCAGACCUGCAGAACCUGGCGCCUGGGACGAACCCUCCUUUUAUGACUUUCGAUGGGGAGGUGAAGAUGGACGUGAACAAGAUCGAGGAGUUCCUGGAAGAGGAAUUGGCCCCCCCGCGGUACCCCAAGCUGGCGACUCAGCACCCCGAAUCCAACUCUGCAGGAAAUGACGUGUUUGCCAAAUUCUCAGCAUUUAUAAAAAACACCAAGAAGGACGCCAAUGAGAUUCAUGAGAAGAACCUGCUGAAGGCCCUGAGGAAGCUGGACAGUUACCUAAACAGCCCCCUGCCCGACGAGGUGGACGCCAACAGCACGGAGGAGGUGGCGGUGUCGGGGCGCAAGUUCCUGGACGGGGACGAGCUCACGCUGGCGGACUGCAACCUCCUACCCAAGCUCCACAUCAUCAAGAUCGUGGCCAAGAGGUACAGGGAUUUCGAAUUUCCCUCCGAAAUGACGGGCCUCUGGAGGUACUUGAACAAUGCCUACGCCAGAGACGAGUUCACCAACACGUGUCCCGCUGACCGGGAGAUCGAACGCGCCUACUCGGACGUGGCGAAGAGAAUGAAGUGACCCUGAGAAGCUCUGUCCGACUCCUUCGCUCGCUGUACGAGGCCAGGCUACGAAAAGAGCGUCCUUCGCAUUUCCCCACAGCACCCAUCCUCGGCGACAGAACGCUCACACUUCAAUAAUAUGGACCCACGUUAUUGAGGGACCCACGUUCCCCCACAGUGGACACACCGUGUGCUGGAGGCCCCACAAGCUGUCAGCUCGGUGGUGCGUCCGAACAGCGCCGUCCGCUCGUCUUGACUGAGGUCUUUCACGUUCACUGACGCUGCAAUCUGUGAUAUUUAGGGCACGUGCUUUGCAGUUUUAAGUUUUAAAGCAAAUUAGGUUUGGGUCCACUUUUUCCUCUAAUUGGAAAGCACCAGUCUGUCUCCAAUAGUUCUCAUGAUCGUGUUUAGCUUGCUUUUCUCUUCCAGGACAGCACUUUACUUUUUUUUCAGAAUGAAAACACUCUUUUUGUAA